AUGAUGAUUGAGGCGGAGGAAGAUUGGCACACACCUUUCAUUGCCUUCAUCACCGACAACAAGGCGCUGGAGGAUAAAGCUAAGCAUGAGAAGCGAGCACGGCGUAGUGCCAACUACGUCGUCGAUGGUAAGGAGCUGUUUAGGAAGGUCGCAUCUACCAGCAUCUUAAUGAAGUUUACCAAGUGGAUCAAGGUGAAUGCUAUAACUAGUGUAGAGUUAGACAAAGCCGCUCAGUUCAUCGAGGAGAUCACCCAUCCCUUCAAGGUUCCAAACAGGAUCAUCACCGACCUGGGCAAGAAAUUCACAAGGUUUGACUUCUGGGACUUCUGCCUAGACAACCUAAUUGAUGUAUACUACUCUUCAGUAGCACACCCGCGCUGUAAUGGGCAAGUCGAACCUGCCAGUGGGAUGGUUCUCCAGUCCCUAAAAUCACGCAUCUUCGACAACGCCUCCAAAUACACCACCAAAUCGCUUCGUGAGUGUCCCCACAUAAUAUGGAGUCUUUGGAUGCAAAAAAGCCGAGCCACCAGCUAUACUCCUUUCUUCCUAGUCUAUGGCUCAGAGGUCAUGCUACCAACUGAUGUCACUUUCGGAGCUCCACGAAUCCAGUACUACGAGGAGGGUGAAGCUGAGAAAAUCCGGUAG